AUGUAUCAUGCACGUCUCUUUGGCGAAAACCCGCGCAUGCGCUCACAGCAUUUCCAACCUACCCGAGGCGCGGCUGGCGAAACGACAAAACAAGAUGAGCUGUUUCUCGACGGCAACCCAGCCUUUGACCGACCCCUCUUCGUUCAAUUCUGCGCAAACAACCCGGACGAGUUUUUAGAGGCAGCGCGCCAUGUCGCACCAUAUUGCGACGCCGUUGAUCUGAAUCUGGGCUGCCCGCAAGGUAUCGCGCGGAAAGGGCAUUACGGCGCUUUCCUGCAAGAAGAUUGGGAUUUGAUCCACAAGCUCAUCAACAAACUCCAUACUGAACUUGAUGUGCCAGUCACAGCCAAGUUCCGCAUUCAAGAAACCAAAGAAAAGACUCUGGAGUAUGCGAAGAUGAUUCUUUCUGCAGGCGCAAACAUUAUCGCGGUGCACGGGCGUAGGCGAGAGCAGAAAGGCCACGAAACGGGAGUCGCUGAUUGGAGCUACAUUCGCUAUCUUCGGGAUAACCUACCACCCGACACUGUAAUCUUUGCGAAUGGAAACAUCCUCAACUACGACGACAUUGAACGGUGCCUCGAAGCAACGGGCGCCGAUGGUGUCAUGAGUGCCGAGGGCAACCUUUCUGACCCGACUAUCUUCAGCAAGCCACCACCACCCGGUAGUGGGGGACGGGAUUACUGGAGGGACCGCAAUGGAAAGGGCGGCUACCGAAUCGAUGCGAUCCUGCGGCGAUACCUCGAUAUUAUCUACAAAUAUGUUCUCGAGCAACCUGUCCCCGAAAGGAAGCCGCUUUUCCUCCCAUCUGACCCGGUAGACCCGACCGAGGAAUUCAAGACGGGAGAAGUCGAUGGAGAAGAGGAUGGCCCACCCAAGAAGAAGCAGAAGCGAGACAAGGUUAAGAAGCCAAACUCUCCUAGCCUGGGUGUCAUGCAAGGUCAUCUUUUCCAGGUUCUUCGGCCGAUGGUCUCCACUCACACUAAUGUCCGGGAUGCCCUUGCGCAUUCCAGACCCGGUGAUAUGCCCGCAUUUGAGCGUGUAUUGACUCUCGUGGAGCGAGCAAUCAGGGAUGGAUUGAAGGAAUACGAACUAUCACCUGAGAAAUUUGAAAAACCUCAUGAUCCUACUUUGACCGGAUCUAAGGCCACGAUCGCGGAAUACGGACGCCCAUGGUGGAUUUGCCAGCCGCACGUUCGGCCUUUGCCUGAAGAAGCCAUGGAGUCAGGAGCGUUGAAACCAAAGGGCGGCGCCAAGGAGAGCAAGAUUGAAGAGAAGAAUGAGAAGGCAGAGAACAAGACCCCGAGCACCGAAGAUGCUGCGACUCCUGCUGACUGUGUGACCGAUUCCUCGACCACCUUGACCCCUGAUCGUCUUGUGAGUGGUUAA